AUGGCUCCCCUGAAGUCUUUCAUGGCGCUGUGCGCCGCAUCCCUGCUACCAUCAAUCUAUGGGCGCCACGUUCCUUUCGAACUAAAUCUCACAUGGGAAGUGGGAGCCCCUGAUGGAAACCCCAGGGAGAUGGUUUUCAUGAAUGGCCAGUUCCCUGGGCCGGAACUGCGAAUUGAUGAGGGCGAUAAUGUUGAGUUUAUUGUCCAUAACAACAUGCCUUUCAACACCAGUAUCCAUUUCCACGGUAUAGAGCAACUCAACACUGUAUGGUCAGAUGGUGUCCCCGGCCUCACACAAAAGCCCAUCCAGCCAGGAGAAAGCUUCACUUAUAAGUGGACUGCUACUCAAUAUGGCACUUACUGGUAUCACUCUCAUGCCCGCUCUACCAUGGCUGACGGACUUUAUGGCCCAAUCUGGAUCAAUCCCAAACCGGGCUCACCGCAACCAUUCGAAUUGAUUUCCAAAAAUGAGGACGAUCUUAGGGCUAUGCGUCGUGCAGAGGCUAAUCCACGCCUUGUUGUUUUGUCGGAUUGGGAUCAUCUGACAUCUGAAGAGUAUCAAGGUCUGCAGGAAUACAGUGGUCUUGACAUCUUUUGCGUCGACAGCAUUCUGAUCAACGGUAGAGGUGCUGUGCACUGCCCUAGCGCCGAUGAGCUAUACAGCUACGAGACUCCUUACCUUAAGGGCGCGAUUGAUAACUUGAACUUGACAGACAAGGGAUGUUAUCCUAACAUUUUCAAGACCCAAGGCGGUUUCCCCUAUAAUGAAUCCAGGAUCCCUCCGGGUGUCAAUUCGGGCUGUGUUGCUACCACUGGAAGUCAGGAAGUCAUCGAGGUAGAUCCUCAAGAAGGCUGGGCCAGUUUCAAGUUUAUCAGUGCGGCUUGGAUGAAAUCCUUCGUCGUGUCCAUUGACGAGCACCCAAUGUGGGUCUACGAGGUUGACGGUCACUACAUCGAACCACAGCUUGUCGACUCAUUCUCUAUGUUCAAUGGCGAACGCUAUUCGGCCAUGGUCAAACUGGACAAGACACCAAAGAACUACACUAUCAGAAUCCCAGACACAAAUGCUGACCAGAUCAUUGCCGGUUUUGCAACACUCUCAUACAAGAACGGCAAGGAUCUUGGGCCGUCAAAGCCUUAUGUCAACUACGGCGGUCUGAAUGUCUCGGCAGAUGUAGUCGCUUUGAACGUGAAAUCACUGCCACCCUACCCGCCGAUUAAGCCGGCAGCGACCGCUGAUAAGAUGCUUAACCUUACUUUGGGACGCAUCAACUCUUCAUGGCAAUGGACACUCCAAGGCAGCCAGCUUUGGGAUGUUAUGGCCAACCUGGAUACUCCUCUUCUGUUUGAUCUCGAUGCAAGGAAGAACCUUGGAAGCAAGCUUACUCCAUCGACUAAGAACGGCACAUGGGUCGACCUGCUACUUCAAAUGGGCGAGUUCCCCAAAACGGCUCCGAUCCAAGCUCCCCAUGUGAUCCACAAACAUUCUAACAAGGCCUUUAUUAUCGGGUUUGGCCAAGGGUUCUUUAACUGGACCAGUGUCGAAGAGGCUGUCCAACAAGCACCUUCAGAUUUCGAAUUGGAAAACCCCCAGCUAAGGGACACAUUUGUCACCAACGCUCUUACUGGGCCUGCUUGGAUGCUUUUACGAUACCAGGUGGUCAACCCGGGCCCGUUCUUGCUUCACUGUCACAUCGAAACCCAUUUGGCUUCUGGAAUGGGCGUUGCCUUGCUCGAUGGUAUUGACAAAUGGCCCGAGGUUCCUCCGGAGUACGCCAUCUAG